AGGUGUGUCACUACAGGUGUGUCACUACAGGUGUGUUGUUAGCACAGCAAAAACAACAUUGUCGUAAAAGCGGAGGUUGGAACAGUGCGAGCAGCCUAAUGUCCGAGCCAGCCCUGAACGCCUCAUCAUCCCUGCAGCGGGUUCGGAAGGUGCAGACAAGUGGACCGAACAUGGGAGGCAGCGACAGCAAACUUCACUUCCGGAAGGCGGUGAUCCAACUCACCACCAGAACUCAGGCCGUGGACGCGUCGGACGACACGUUUUGGGACCAGUUCUGGUCCGACACGUCGACCUCGGUCCAGGACGUUUUCGCUCUGGUCCCGGCGGCGGAGAUCCGAGCCGUGAGGGAGGAGUCUCCGUCCAACCUGGCCACGCUGUGCUACAAGGCGGUGGAGAAGCUGGUCCGAGGCGCGGAGUGCGGCUGCCCCUCCCCCGGGGAGCGGCAGGUGGUCCUGAACUGCACGCGGCUGCUGACCCGCGUCCUGCCCUUCAUCUACGAGGACGCCGACUGGCGAGGCUUCUUCUGGUCCAGCGUGCCCGGCGCCGCCAGGACUGAGGAGGAAGAUGAUGAUGCUGAUGAAGGACGGCCCCUCGCCGAGUCCCUCCUGCUCGCCAUCGCCGACCUUCUCUUCUGUCCCCACUUCACCAUCAAGACCAGCGCACAGGAAGUUGACACAAAGUUGAUUGACAGCUGCGAGCACAUCUGGGAGGCGGGCGUCGGCUUCGCUCAGUCGCCGCCGCUCGACUCCUCCCACGACAGCAACAGGGCGGAGCUUCUGAAGCUGCUCCUCACCUGCUUCUCGGAGGUCCUUUAUCUGCCGCCGCCGGCUGCCGCUCAGACCGCCAACACCUGGGUGGUCUUCUUCUGCUCCUCCGCCAACAGACACGCCCUCCCUCUCUUCACCUCGCUGGUCAACGUGGUGUGCGCCUACGACCCGGCGGGAUGGGGCGUGCCCUACAACCACCUGCUGUUCUCUGACCAGCGCCAGCUGCUGGUGGAACAGGCGCUGCAGGUUCUCAUCGUCACUCUGGACCAGGGGACCGCCCCGCCCCCCGCCAUGGACGCCGGCCCGCCGCCCUCAGGAGAGGAGGAGCCAGCCGUGAGGAUGAGGCUCGAUUCCCCGACGCCGAAGUCGGACGUGCUGACGCCAUCUUGUCUCUUCCAGCCCGGCGCGCCUGAGAACUUGUUCGUCAACUACCUGUCCAGGAUCCACCGUGAAGAGGACCUGAGGGUGGUGCUGAAAGGUGUGGUGCGCCUCCUCAACAACCCGCUGGUGCAGACCUACCUGCCGCUCUCCAGCAAGAAGAUCCACUUCCACCAGGAGCUGCUGGUCCUCUUCUGGAAGAUCUGCCACUUCAACAAGAAGUUUCUUUUCUUCCUGCUGAAGAGCAGCGAGGUUCUGGACCUGCUGAUCCCCAUCCUCUUCUUCCUCAACCGAGGCCGAGCUGAUCCCACGUGUGUGGGCCUGCUGCAUGUGGGCGUGUUCAUCCUGCUGCUGCUGAGCGGCGAGAGGAACUUUGGCGUGCGUCUCAACAAGCCCUUCGCCCCGCGCGUCCCCAUGGACGUCCCCAUCUUCAGCGGGACCCACGCCGACCUGCUGGUGCUGACGGUCCACAGGAUGAUGACCAGCGGGCACCGGCGCCUACAGCCGCUCUUCGACUGCAUGCUCACCAUCGUCGUCAACGUGUCUCCUUACCUGAAGAGUCUGUCCAUGGUGGCGUCCAACAAGCUGCUGCACCUGCUGGAAGUCUUCUCCUCGCCGCGCUUCCUCUUCUCCGCCCGCAACAACCACCAGCUGGUCUUCUUACUGCUGGAGGUCUUCAACAACAUCAUCCAGUAUCAGUUUGACGGGAACAGCAACCUGGUGUACGCCCUCAUCCGAAAGAGGAACCUCUUCUACCAGCUUGCCAGCCUGCCGGCGGAUGCGGCGUCCAUUCAGAAGGCGCUGCAGAAGAAGAGGAGGAAGUCCGGAAAGUCCGGCAGCAACUCCGCCGAGACAGAAUCCUCGCUAAGACCCGUAGCGGACAACGCCGCCGCAGAGGCCACCACCCCGGGGAUGGACAGGAUAACCGACAAGUCUCAGACGAAGGAGGACAAUAUGGCCGCUUUGGAACCGGACUGCAGCGCCAUCGCCGGGCUCAGCGACACCGAGUCCAACUCUGAGAGAGACCAGCAGCCGGCGCCAUCGUGUCCUGUCGGGUGUCACUUUCCUGCCGUCCCGUCCUCGUCCUGCACCUGGACCUGGACCGCCAGCCCGGACUGGGUGCUGUCCUGGAGGUCCAAGCUCCCCCUGCAGACCAUCAUGAGGCUGCUGCAGGUUCUGGUCCCUCAGGUGGAGAAGAUCUGCAUCGACAAGGGUUUGACCGACGAGUCCGAGAUCCUCAAGUUCCUCCAACAUGGCACCCUGGUCGGCCUCCUGCCGGUGCCGCAUCCCAUCCUGAUCCGGAAGUCCCAGGUGAACCCCGGCACGUCCUCGUGGUUCCGCACGUACGUGUGGGGCGUGGUCUACUUACGCAACGUGGAUCCUCCGGUCUGGUACGACACCGACAUACGACUCUUCCAGAUCCAGAGGACCUAAAACCCCCAGAUGCCAAUGUCAUCAUCGCGUGUCAUGUCUUGGAUUAUGUAGCGUGUCAUAUAGUAUGGCAUGUAACAUGACAUGUCACGUAGUAUGGCACGUAACGUGACAUGUCACGUAGUAUGGCAUGUAACGUGACAUGUCACGUAGUAUGGCAUGUAGCAUGACAUGUCACCUAGUAUGGCAUGUAACGUGUCAUGUAGCAUGGCAUGUAGCGUGUCACGUAGUAUGGCAUGUAACGUGACAUGUCACGUAGUAUGGCAUGUAACGUGACAUGUCAUGUAGCAUGGCAUGUAGCGUGACAUGUCAUGUAGCAUGGCAUGUAGCGUGACAUGUCACGUAGCAUGGCAUGUAACGUGACAUGUCACGUAGUAUGGCAUGUAACAUGACAUGACACGUAGUAUGGCAUGUAACGUAACGUGACAUGACACGUAGUAUGGCAUGUAACGUGACGUGACAUGUCAUGUAGUAUGGCAUGUAACGUGACGUGACAUGUCAUGUAGUAUGGCAUGUAACAUGACAUGUCACGUAGUAUGGCACGUAACGUGACAUGACAUGUCAUGUAGUAUGGCACGUGACAUGACAUGUCAUGUAACGUGAGAUGUCAUGUAGUAUGUCAUGUAACAUAAUAUAAAUUCAUAUCAAAUAAAAUAAAUAUAAACUGUUUGAGGCGCAUUAGACCUUGUUUAUGUGUUGCAGCUGCACAAAUGUACAUGAUUUGAUCCCAUAUGUCUUAUUGUGCCAUGGUCUGGGGACAGGCCACCAAACGU